GGAGUGUGGUACAGUCACAUACUAUCUUUAGUGAAAUUUUUUAGACUUUCUGUGUUGAUUUUGAAGUGAAUUUUCUUCAAAUAAGUAACUCUUUUCUCGGAUAAUUACACUGCGAUUUUUUCUACGAUAUUUCAAAGAGUCCAUGAUUUCCUCAUGAUGGCGGGUGACUUUGAUACAUCUUCUAAUUCAUCGUCGAAUUCUUCAUCUCCAUUUCGUUCCCCUGCAGCAUCAACGUCAUCAUCACGAUCAGUGAUAACCAAAAAAGUAAAAACACAAAUUAGAUAUAGGCCUUACAGUGCUAGAUAUAAGCGUAAAAGGGUUCAAAAAGAACUUAAUUCCCAAAUUUAUAUUGAAACUCAAUGUGGGACGGCACCACCGAUCCCUCAUUUGUCAUCAGAAUCCGACGAGUUGUCAUCAGAUGAUGAUUUCUAUAGCUGUCUUGAUGUUGAAUCGAGCGCAUCAUUUCAAGACUUUUACGAUUCUGGUAGACUUAGUGAUUUUACCCCUGAUUCGUCAGAUACUGAUGAUGGGGAUUUUGAUGAUGAGGAUAUUUUAGUACGAAAUUUUUUAUUGAGACAUUAUGAAGACGGUAGUGGGAAACAGGAAAUGUUUGACGACAAUGAUGUUGGAAAUGAUGAGCGUCCUACAUUUAGGCAGCUGUUCUCUGUUUGGGUAACUAUUUGGGGAAUUUGUCAAAAUGCUGUCGAUGAUCUACUGUCUCUAUUUAGAAGUCAGUCUUGGGGAUUAGAUUUACCUAAAACGUGUCGGUCCCUUUUAAAAACUCCGCGUUCUGUCAAUGUAAAAGAUAUACCGCCUGGGAAAUAUCAUCAUUUCGGAAUUCUGAAUGGAAUAAUACGCAUACUAAAUUUAAUUUCAGAAUCAGACAUUCCAUUUGAGAUCUUUAUUUUUGUCAACGUAGACGGCCUUCCAAUCGCAAAAAGUAGUGGGAGCCAAUUGUGGCCAAUCCUAGCUAUGAUUUCAAAUAUUCACUUUCGACAAGUGUUUUGCGUUGGGCUUUUUCAUGGUAGUGAAAAACCGCAUUUCUCGUGUGAAUAUCUUGCCGAUUUCAUAUCUGAGGCACUUAAUCUAUGUAAUAAUGGUUUUACGUACAAAGGUCGCCCUCAUAUUUUAAAAAUUGAUGGUUUCAUAUGCGAUGCUCCUGCUCGGUCCUUCAUUUUGGGGGUUAAAAGUCAUUCUGGUUACUUUGGUUGCACGAGAUGCAUACAACAGGGAGAAUAUCUUGGCAGGGUUGUCUUUUUAGAGCGUGACUCUCCUGCGAGAACGGAUCAAUCGUUUCGGAAUCGCCAACAUGAAGAUCAUCAUGUCGGCGAUUCCAUUCUUGAAAGACUUGAUAUCGACAUGGUAAAGGAUAUCCCCCUUGACCCUAUGCACUUAGUAAAACUUGGUGUUAGUAGAAAAUUACUCUUGACUUGGAUUCGUGGGCCAUUACAGCACAGACUGCUCAAGUCGCAAGUUUUAGUGUUGUCAUCUCGAUUAGAGGAUUUACGAGAUUAUGUCCCAAAAGAAUAUCCGAGAAAAACCAGGUCAUUAAAAUUUGUUGAUCGAAUGAAGGCAACGGAACAUGGAUUUGUUCAUUCUUGUGUCGGUCCCGUAAUUUUUAUGGAUAUUUUGCCCCCUCGCGUUUUUAAUAAUUUCUUGGUUUUUCAUGUGGCUAUUACUAUUCUUUCAUAUCAAGAAUUUUGCCAUACCCAGAAUGAUUACGCACGGAAUUUAUUAAAAUUUUUCGUGGAAGAAGCUGAAGAAAUCUACGGGUCAGAAUUUUUGUCUUAUAAUGUACACAGCCUCAUACACCUUCCCGAUGACGUUUUGCGUUACGGCUCACUCCCAAAUUUUUCUGCAUUUCCAUUUGAGAAUUAUAUGCAGACUUUGAAAAAACUAAUAAGAAAGAGUGACAAGCCCUUACAACAGAUAGCGAAGCGUUUGGUAGAGUUGGGAAAUUUUGACUUUGCCAAAAACAAGAAGGAAGUGUCAGUUCACAAUCGUGUUUUCCGUUUCGAGCAUGACAAAGGCCCCUUACUGCCCGGUCUCCGCUUCCGUUCAAUAAUCUAGUAGGCCUACAGGGAAUUGAGAGUGGGUCCAUGGCAUUUGACUUGUAAAAUUCCGAAUUCAUGUAUCUAUCUGAAGGAUAUGACUGUCUUUUGCAUAGAAAACAUUAUUAAAACAGAGAACAACUCUUUAUUUUUUGGUCGGCGAUUCAAUCAAACAAGUGAUCUCUACUCUUAUCCUAUUAGAUCUUCUUGUUACCACAUCUAUUCUGUAAGUCUUUUAUCUGAUCGCUUAGAGGCCUUGCCAAUAGAUUUGUUUCAAGUAAAAGCUGUUCAACUUCCUAUUCCUUCACGAAAUGGAUCUUUUGCAGUAUUUCCUUUGCAUUUUGAAAAUC